ACCCUGGCGCCAUGUUCGGUUCCAGCCGCGGCGGGGUGCGCGGCGGGCAGGACCAGUUCAACUGGGAGGACGUGAAGACCGACAAGCAGAGGGAGAACUAUCUGGGCAACUCGUUGAUGGCACCCGUGGGCCGUUGGCAGAAGGGACGCGACCUCACCUGGUACGCCAAGGGCCGGACGCCGUGCGCCGGGCCGAGCCGCGAGGAGGAGCUGGCGGCCGUGCGCCAGGCGGAGCGCGAGGCGCUGCUGGCCGCACUUGGCUACAAGAACGUGAAGAAGCAGCCCACGGGCCUGAGCAAGGAGGACUUGGCGGAGGUCUGCAAGCGCGACGGAGGUGACCUCGAGGAGAAGGGCGUGGACCGCCUGCUGGGCCUGGGCAGCGCCAGUGGCUCCGCAGGCCGUGUGGCACUGUCCCGGGAGGACAAGGAGGCCGCCAAGCUGGGGCUGUCCGUGUUCACGCACCACCGCGUGGAGAGCGAUGGGCCCGGGACCUCGACAGCCACGGCCAGGAAGAAGCUGCGCGCUGAGGACCAGGCAGAGAGCAGGCUGGGGACCAAGGCUCUUUCUUGUGUGUCCCCCCUCAGCCCUGAGAGCCACAGGAAAAGAAAGAAAGAGAAGAAGAAGAAGAAAAAACACAAGAAAGAGAAGAAGAAAGACAAGGAAUACAAGCGGCAGGCUGAGGCCUCCGUGUCCCCUGCAUGGCCUGGGCACCACUGCCACGACUCCGACUUUGACGGCCCCUGCUGCAAGAGAAGGAAGCACAGCCAUAACAGGGACAGCAAGAAGAGCCUACCUCAGAGGCAGCAUGACACAAACUGAUGGCUAAGCCCUGCACCCCACUCACUGUGGACUCCUUGAACUCUCACAUACUAGCCUCAGAAAAGCCCUGUUUGGUGAGGCAAUAGUGGCUUCCUGGGCCAGGCUGACACCAGCCCUAGCCCAGAGUGGGCCAGCCACCUAGAAGGAACCAUUCUGGAAGCCUGCAGACUAGCAGUACACUGAGGCGCAUGUUUCGGCCUGCCACUUGGUCAGGUCUUGCGGCAAUAGUCCCUGGCUAGCAGGUGGAGGCAGGCCUGCUUUGGAGAUCCUAGCAGAGGCCAACUCCCUCUGUCCUGUUCGUGGCUGCAGCAGUCCUGGGCCCUCUGAGAGGUGUGGCUCUGGCCAAGGAUGGUUACCUCUAUUUUUCUUUAUAUUGACUCUUUGUACUUAAAUAAAUUUAUUUUAAAAGUA